GUGUGUGUGUGUGUGUGUGUGUGUGUGUCCCUCCAGGAAAUCACCGGUCAUUUAAACGUGGAGGCGCCUGCAGACUGCCGUGUUAUCAGGCGGAAGGACACGCCCACAAACGGUCACAACUUCCCCUCCGUCUGUUAGAAGCUCCUCCGCACGUUACACUCCGCGCGCGCCGGCCCCCUCGCGCACAGCAGCAUGACUCUCUCCAACAAGUGGUGGAUUUUGCUCUCCGUCGUGGCUCGUUUCGGGUCUUGCGCAGAGCACAAAGUUGUUCAACCCGAGCUCUUCAUCUUCAACGAGCUGUGCGCCCUGAAGGACGAUUCAGGGCCUUGCAAGGCCAUCAAGGACCGGUUCUUCUUCAACGUCGACACGGGCGUCUGCGAGCCGUUCGAAUAUGGAGGCUGCGCCGGAAACGCCAAUAACUUCGAGACCAUGGAGGAAUGCGAGGAGACGUGCGUCGUCUCAGAUGACAAGAACCCGUGCCACCUAGCCGAAGCUCCUGGUCCCUGUCGAGGGCUGUUGACGCGCUACUUCUUCGACAGCAACACUCAGCGUUGCAUGCACUUCUUUUACGGCGGCUGCUUCGGCAACGCCAACAAUUUCAGGAGCAUGUCGGAGUGCCAGGCGAAAUGUCAGAGCCCAGAAAAGCCCACGAAGGCACCAGAAGUCCACACCCGGUCUGCCAGAAGAUUCGCUGUUGUGCAGCCAACCAUGUUAAAUGGGGAAUUGAGUGAACCUCAAGGGCAAGCGAAUCACACUAAUGAAGAGCCAACAGCCUUGAGCCCCUGGGAGCUGUGCUUCACCCCCGUGGACAGGGGCACAUGUCACGGUGCAGAGAAGAGGUUCGCGUUCAACCCCAAGACCAAGAGAUGCCAGGCGUUCCACUACAGCGGCUGCGGGGGGAACGACAACAACUUCACGGGGCGGAAAGAAUGCAUCGCCAAGUGCAUCAGGAGAAGAAAGGGGAAGGGGAUGAUCCGAAUAAAGAAGAGAAACAGAAACAUCCUCACCGGCCGCUCGGCCUGAACUCUGCGUCUCAUCCUGCACUAUCGUGGAGCCACCUUUUUUUAUUUAUGUCCAUCCAUUUGUUGUGACUGGAUGCAAAUUAUCAUCCAUGUCCACAUCAUUAUUUCAAUAUAUUUUUACCAAAAAAAAGAUCUCCACACCGACGCUACUUUUGCUUUUUGUAUAAACAAUAUAUUAUGCAUUUCUUUAAUUUUUACAGUUUCGGGGGCUCUGUUAUCAUCCCGCUGAUAUAUAUAAAUACUUUACUGUAACAGUUGAUGGGCAAUAUUUCUGUCGAAUAACAACCUUGCUGUUGCUCCACUUUUGUGAAUCAAUGUGAACAGCAGCAUCAUCAGAUUAAACCGGUGGCGACCCUGAUCACCACAUUACUCCAGAUGACCACGUCUUCACAGCUAUAAAUCAAUGUGAACGAGGAAAACGACGUGUUCUGUUUUUGUCGGAUUAAACGUGAACGUUUUAAUUUUUUUUCUUCUUUUUUUUAAUCAUUUGUAUGCGGUUCAGUAAAUCACUGUUGCCGUCCUGCUGGCGUUGUUGGUAAGGAGAACCAGAGAGGGGCAGUGUUGUGUAAAGUAAGUUUUUUUUUUUUUUUUUUGAAAGAGUACAGUAAUCUCUUUUCUUUUAUCGUUUUAUGAACAUGGCUGUAAAGAAUGGGACUGUACGAGUUUAUGGAAUAAACGUUGAUCUUUUUUUCUCCCUUC